CUCGACGGGGGCCCGCCCCGCUGCAGCGACAGAGAGAGCGAGCAGGAACCCAAACAACUGCAUUGCAGGAGAAAAAUCUGCAGCGCAGGGCUUCGACAAAACCGGGUCCGCCAAUAUGCGAGGGCGCCUCUCGGCCGGAUUGAGUGACUCUCUACCGCCGGGUCCGCCAGGGGGCGUGAUCGCAGGACCCUGCAGGAUGCGGUGCCCUGGUUGACCCCCGUCUGCAUUGACCCCCGUCUCUAGACGAGCGCGUUCCACUAUUCGCAGAGUAAGUGCGCGCAAAUGGCCUGGACCCGCCGCGGAGGGUCUACGAACCACCACAUCACAGCAGACGGGUGGUUUUCGGACGCUUGCGAGCAGGCACUGUGCGAGCAGCGGAACGCGCUCGAUCAAUCUCGUGAGCUUCGACAGGACCUCAGGGGAGAGCCUCCGGCCCCGGCAGGCUCACAGCACCAUCUUGGUGCCCUGCCGCACGGGCGCGGCGCGCGGCGCGUUGCGCGGCGCGUCGCGCGGGGGUCGGCCCCGCGCCUGCGGCAGGCGGGGCGGCCAGCUGCGCGCGGGGGAGGAGGGCCCCCUCGAGAUCGCGGGGGCGGCCGGCGCUGGCGGGCACGGCGCGCUGGCGGCCCGGGUGGCCAGCGGGCGCGGCCCCGGGCUGUGCGGGGAAGCGCCGGGGCGGCUCCCCGACGGGGAACGGGUCGGCCGCGGCGGCCGCCCGACGGAAAGCGAAGCCCGGCGGGAACUCCUCCUGCGAGCACUCCGAGGGCAAGCUCGGCGCCAGGCUCGACGCCAGGCUGGAGCGGCUCGAGCCCGACGGCGACCGCGGCGCGACCGGCAGGGCCGACAAGGCCACCUCCCAGCAGGGCGGCUUGGCGGGGCCCGCGACGCCGCCUCCGUCGCGCCCGGGCAGCCCGCCAGCGGCCCCCCGCGCCCCGCGGCCGCCAUCGCCGCCCCCGGCGGCGCCGCCCAGGACCUCGGCGCGCCUCGGCCGGGGGCGCGCCCCCAUCGGGGCCCGUCCCCAAAGGUCGGCUGCGCGUGCAGUCGGACCGAGGCACAAGAUCGAGGCCGGUUCGGGGAUGCCGAAGUCGAGCGCCUCGACCUGAGCAUCAUUUGGCCAUCCCCGCCAGCGUGGGCUGGGCCCCAUCGGCCGAUGUACCCCCCCUGCAUGGGGAUCUAGGCUCCCUUCUGGCUUCGAGGGGCCUAUCCCCAACUGAGGUGGUGAGGUGGUGGGGCUCGAGAAGUCUAUAUGGGGAUGGGGACAGGUAGCGGUUGAACGAUCCUCACGACACCGCAGCUGCGCGGCGGGGGCUCCAAGGGCGCGUCCGAGCCGCCGCCAGCUGUCGGCGGCAGCGCGGGCGCCGCCUCCCCGUCGGCGGCGGGCCGCACCUCCCCCAGCGCGAGCGGCGGCACCGCCACGCGGGGCUUCGCCGCGCGGGGCUUCGCCGCGCGCGGCUUUGCCACGCGCACGGCCAGGGCGCACAUGCACGUCACGCUGGCGGCGAGGCCGACGGCCGCCCCGGCGCCGAAUGCGGCGCCUCCU